AUGUCAUUUUAUGAACUUAUAGAAAAAUUCUAUGAUACUCAAAUUUGUAAACAAAUUUAGGAUCCUAGAUUAUUAUUACUCAAUAUAGCUUCUUCUUAAAUCUUAAAUGAUAAGAAGUAUUUUGCUGAUCAAGAUAGAACAAGAGAUGAAUUAUUUUAAUCACUUCUUUAAAUAGCAGAUAAAGAUCCUGAAUUUGUUUUGUAAGUAGCCUAUUAUACAAGAAAUAAAUUAUAAGUUAGAGCUACAUCUAAUUUUAUAAUAGCAUUUGCUACAAGUUAUGAUUCUUGUAAGCCUUAUUGUAGAAAAUAUUUUAAUUAUAUUGUGAAAUUACCAACUGAUUUAUUAGAAGUGGCUGAAUAUUCAUAAUUGUUGCGUUAUUAUUUGAAACUUGAAUGGAUAGGAUUUUAGAAUGGAUAUUUAAGAUCUAUACCAUAUAAUAUAAAUUGUAGAAAAGAAUUAAAUUUCUCAAAAAUGCUUUAAAAGUGUGGAGCCAAUAAAUUUCAAUAAUUUACAACUCAUUAAUUGGCAAAAUAUUGUUCUGACAGAAGGAGAAAAAGAAUCAUCUAUAGAUUUUCAGAAUUAGUUGAUCCAACCCUUUUUAUGAAGAGAUAUUAUAAAAGAGCAGAAAAACUUAAAUUUAAGUAAAAAGCAGAGAAAAAAUUAAAGCAAAAGGUAAUAAAAAAAUAAGACAGAUAAAAAGCUAAAUAAAUAUAAAAGCAGAUAUAAAAGAAGUUAAAACAUACUAAAAAAUAAAGAGCAAUUAGAUCUUUAGAAAGAAAAUUUAUUACUAUGAAAGAUAUUAUUUAAAUGUUUCACAUCAGUUAACCUUAAUAUAAUGUUAUGUGUAUAUUGAGAUGUAGAUACCCUCCAAAUCAAGAUGAAUUUAAACAAUUAUUCCCAUAAGAUGAUAUUGUAUUUGAAUAACAAAAAUGUGGGAAACGUAUGAAAUUACCUAAUAUUAUCACUUGGGAAAGAGAAUUGAGUUAAUAAAAAAAUGAUAAAGUAUGGGAUAAAUUAAUCAAAGAGAAUAGAAUUACGUUAUUAGCUAGUAUAAAAAAUCUUAAGAAUAUACUUUCUGGUUAUCUAUCACCAAAAGCAUUUUCUUAAUUACAAUAAUUUUUAAGUAAUCCAUAAAUAAUUUAAUAAAAUAAGGUUACAAUGUUAUAAUAUUAUAAAGCAUUAGAAGCACUUAUUUAAAUGAAAAAUGAUAGAGCAAAAAUAAUUUAUAAAAUAAUUUCUAAUGCUAUUAAUAUAACAACUAACAAUAUCCCAACAAUUCCAGGAAAAACUCAUAUUUUUGUUGAUGUAACUGGAUCAAUGAGUUAUGAAUUAGGAAACAAAAGCUUAUAAACUGUUGCCUUUGUAAUUUCAUAGAUAUUAAGAAUUAAAUGUGAAUAUAUGGAAUUCUAUAUUUUUGGAGGUGAAAAAAAUAAUGAACCUUAUUUAAGGGUUAAUUUCACACAUGAAGAUCUAUAUGAAUCUGUUUAAAAAUGUGACAUGGUAAGAAGAUAAAUUGGGAAUUAUUAUGCAAUGAUAGGUCAAACAAUUGAGGAUUUGUUAUAUAAACCAAAAAUCUUUUGUGAUAAUAUUGUUAUAAUAUCUGAUAUGGCUGUCUAGAAAUGUUUUAGAAAAGAUAACAUUAGCUUUGAAUAUCUUUUGAAUGGAUAUAUAAAUGAAGUAAAUCCAAAAGUAAAGAUUUUCUUUAUGGAUAUAAAUGGGUCUGGAAUAUCAAUUGGGGCUAAAUAAAAUUGUCAUAUUUUAUCAGGUGCCAGUGAAAGAAUUUUAGAAUAUAUAACAAAUCAAUAUUUAGAUUAAAUUUAAGAAGUUAUAUCAUUCUCAAAUACAUUAGGAAAUUAAUAAAUAUUAAAAAUAGAAUGA